AUGGCAUCUAACAUCACACAAGAGCGCUACGAGCAACUCAAGAAGGAGCGUACGUUCCACAAGUUCACAUACCGUGGACUUGAGAUCGAUCCUCUUUUGGCCCUUUCUCACGAAGAGUUCAAGGCAUUGGUGCACGCUCGCGCUCGCCGCCACAUGAACCGCCAUGCAGACAUCUCUGAGCCUAUUCUGCUUAAGCGCCUGCGCGAAGCAAAGAAGAACGUGAAGGCUGGUGAGAAGCCAAAGGCUGUGAAAACACACCUUCGCGACGUUGUCAUCACACCUGAAAUGGUUGGAUCAGUUGUUGGUAUCUACAAUGGUCGUCAGUUCAAUGCGGUGGAGAUUAAGGGUGAGAUGAUUGGUCACUUUCUUGGUGAGUUCUCCAUGACAUACAAACCUGUUAUGCACGGCCGUCCUGGUGUUGGUGCGACGCACUCUUCCCGCUUUAUUCCUCUGAAGUAA